AUGUCUCAAAGUUUUUAUCCAACGGGAUUACAGCGAAGGGACCAUCGUGAAAUUCCAGAACAGAUUCCCGCAGGAGCUCGAAGGCAGGAUCGAACGGCAGGCAUUCGAAACAACAAUAAACAGACUGAAUUCCUACUUCGCCGAGGCCGAAAAGGCGACGUGCUCCGCCUACUGCGAGGGCUGCUUGGCCUGCCUCACGGCCUAUUUGAUCUUCCUUUGCAAAGAGACUCAUUACGAAAAAUGUUUGAAAAAAGUUUCCAAAUACAUAGCGGAGCAAAACGAGCGGGUCUACGAGCCGCGGGGGCUGAAAUUGACCGAUCCCAGCAUGAGGGGCUUGCGGGUGCUCGAGGUGAGUUGUCUGGACAGGCCCCCGAACGCAUGACUCACCGUGUCCCACUCCACGCAGGAGUUUUUCAUGUAAAACUCGUGUCGUAUUAUCGCGAACGGAUAGCUUCAAUAUUGCGUAUAUCGAUAUAUGUAUAUGCCAAAAUGGCUCAAGACUGUUAUGUAAUAUGCCACGUUUUAUAA